AUGUUAAUUAAUGACAAUCAAUUGAUAUGGGUUUCAAGAAGCAAUGAAAUAAUGCAUGUUUUAAGGUUUCAGCUGGAAUUUUUAGAGAAAAGACAGAAUUAAAGUUCAGCUAAAACAUAGUCCUAAAUGUAUUAAGUAAUUCUACUUUCCUAUAGUCUAGAUUGAGAAACUCAAAAUUUUGGCUUUAAAAAAUAGAUUUUAUUUUUAUUUUGUAUAUGAAUGGCAUGGGCAUUUUGUUAUUUUAAGUGAAAUUGAUUUAUCAUCAAUUGCAACUUAUGGAGUCAUAACUAAGGAUGGAAAAUUUCUGA